AUGUGCCAAAUUUGCCGCUUUUAUCUUGCAGCCACUGGUGUCACGGGCUCGCCACUACCAGCUCGUUGCCCACCUGUAGAGGUCGUGUUGGAAGUGGAGAGAUCAUCUACACCGAUGCCGAAAGCAGAUCCCCUGUUUUCGGCAGGGGAAUUUAGAGAAGCAUUGACCACAGUGCCACCAGGAACUUUCAACGAGAGCACUACCCGAGCCAUGCACACACGCGCUGAUCAGGCGGCUAAGGAAGGCGUCCCGGUGCUUGUCGGCCUCGGGAGCACAAGGUGCUUUGGGAUUAAGGACGGCCAUGAAAACAACCGCACAGUGAUUGGAGAGUGGGCGCACGUGAAGUACGAUGACAAGGGCGGGAGCAAGAUGUUUCAGUGCAAGGUGUGGGCGAAAGGUUGA